AUGCUUCAUCCUCGGAUUACUAUGAAUGACAACAGAGCGGACAUACGUGGAUUCGAUGAAGUUAUCCCCAGUCGAACAGUGGAAAAGAAGCUCGAUUCUUUCCAGAACACACCCUCUCCCAUUCUCAAAUUGCCGGCAGACAUUCUUCUUCCUAUAGUCAAAAUUUGCGCGAAUGACGAUGAAGAGGGCAAUGUCAUGUCGAUACGAAGUAUUCAAUGA